UGACAAAUUCACGCAGGCCGCUCUCUAUAAGUAGCGGCCUGAGAAAUUCACCAUGUAGCUCAAACGUACGUGACCAAACAAGCAACCAGUAGCGUCGUCUAACUCGGCGUGCCACACGGAGAGGUUGCAGCGAGACGAGCUAGCCGUCAGGUGGCCUGUGGUGGUGGGGAGCCGUCGACGUCGGCGACCAGCGGGUGGCAGGGCAGCCGCCGAGGCGAGCGCGAGGCAUGUGCAACGGGCGGGAGUGCGGGCGGGAGCGCACGUUCCGCGCCUCCCUGCACGACGCGAGGCUGGAGCCGGAGCAGGCGGCGGCGUCUGCGUGCCGGCGCGACGCCAAGGCGGAGGAGGCCGAGACGGUGGCGACGUUGCGGGCCAAGGGACGCGCGCGGACGGCGGCGGGGGAGCUCGAGCGCGAGCGGGAGCGAGAGUGGAGGCAGCGGGAGGCGGAGAUCGAGAGGACGGAGAAGCUCAUGCACCUGCUCCUCUGGGGACCCAACUGACCUGACCGUCGCAAUCGCAACUGACUGAACUCGGUCUGGGAGGGUGGACGGUUCCCAUGCAAUGCAAUAGUGGUUUUGUCGCGUGCGUGCUUGUGAAUUCUGUGGUUGUUGACAAUCUGUUUGGUGGUUUAACACGAUGCAAACUGUUCAUUUUGUUUGAUUUCGUCAUAUAUAUCAUAUCGAAAAGAAUAGUAAUUUUUA